CCUCCCCGCCCCGGACGCGCCGAGCGGCCGCGGCUCCGCUCCAGCUCCCGCCCGCCGUGGGCCCGAGCGCGGCCGGAGCCCCUAGCGCGGAGCCCGGACAACAUUAACUUGGAUAGAAAAGGGGGGUGACGAUGCACCAUGGCAGCGGCCCCCCGAGCGCCCAGCACCAGCUGCAGCGGUCCCGCUCUUUUACUGGCGGCAGCGAGGGUGAGGAGCAGCAGCCCCACUCCAGUCUGCCCCAGUCCCCAGCCACAGCCUUCGCCCCAUCCGCCAGCCCGUCUGCACCCCAGUCGCCCGGGUACCAGAUCCAGCAGCUGAUGAGCAGGAGCCCGGUGGCCGGGCAGAACGUGAACAUCACCCUGCAGAAUGUGGGGCCAGUUGUGGGAGGCAACCAGCAGAUCACGCUGGCACCCUUGCCGCUGCCCAGCCCGACCUCACCCAGCUUCCAGUUCAGUGCUCAGCAGAGGCGGUUUGAGCAUGGGUCUCCGUCUUACAUCCAAGUCACCUCUCCACUGUCCCAGCAGGUCCAGACCCAGAGCCCUACCCAGCCCAGCCCUGGGCCGGGCCAGGCCCUGCCAAGCGUGCGGGCCAGCGCCUCGGGCCCCGGGCUGGGCCUGUGCAGCACCAGCCCCACAGGCGGGUUCGUGGAUGCCAGCGUGCUGGUGCGGCAGAUCAGCCUGAGCCCUUCCAGUGGGGGGCACUUUGUGUUUCAGGAGGGGCCCGGCCUCAGCCAGCUGGCCCAGGGCACCCAGGUGCAGCUGCAGCACACAGGCACACCCAUGGCCGUACGGGAACGGAGACUGUCGCAGCCUCACGCGCAGUCUGGAGGCACCAUCCACCACCUGGGGCCCCAGAGCCCAGCUGCAGGUGGCGCGAGCAUGCAGCCCCUGGCCAGCCCUGGGCACCUGGCCACGGCCAGCCUGCCGCCCCAGAUCAGCAGCCUGAUCCAAGGGCAGCUGAUGCAGCAGCAGCAGGUGCUCCAGGGUCAGCAGCUGAGCCGGCCCCUGGGCUUCGAGAGGACACCAGGCAUGCUCCUGCCGGGCGUGGGCGGGUCCUCAGCCUUUGGCAUGACGUCCCCGCCCCCGCCCACCAGCCCCUCCAGGACCUCGGUGCCACCUGGUCUGUCCAGCCUUCCGGUCACGUCUGCAGUCGGCACAGGAGUGAGGAAAUCAGCCAAGAAGCUGGAGGAGAUCCCCCCGGCAUCUCCAGAAACGGCCCAAAUGAGGAAGCAGUGCCUGGACUACCACUACAAAGAGAUGGAAGUGCUCAAGGAGACCUUCAAGGAGUAUUUGAUUGAACUGUUUUUUCUGCAGCAUUUUCAAGGGAACAUGAUGGAUUUUUUAGCAUUUAAGAAGAAACAUUAUGCCCCAUUGCAAGCAUACCUUAGACAGAAUGACCUGGACAUUGAAGAGGAAGAAGAAGAGGAAGAGGAGGAAGAAAAAUCGGAGGUCAUCAAUGAUGAGGUAAAGGUUGUGACAGGAAAGGAUGGGCAGACUGGGACUCCUGUUGCUAUAGCAACCCAGCUUCCGCCAAAGGUUUCUGCUGCUUUUUCAUCCCAGCAGCAACCACUGCAGCAGCAAGCACUCUCAGGGACCCUGGUGGCCGCAGCGGGCAGCUCGAUCGAAGUGGACCCCUACCAGAGGCAGCAGACGUUGCCUCCGGCAGCAGAGCAGUGUAAGAGGCCUCGACUUGAAGUGGGUCACCAAGGGGUAGUUUUCCAGCACCCAGGGGUGAACACAGGCGUUCCUCUUCAGCAGUUAAUGCCGACAGCACAAGGAGGGAUGCCCCCCACUCCGCAGGCUGCUCAGCUCACGGGACAGAAGCAGAGUCAGCAGCAGUAUGACCCUUCCACAGGGCCACCUGUGCAGAACGCCGCCAGCCUGCACACCCCGCCACCGCAGCUCCCUGCCAGGCUGCUUCCCGCCAGCGCCCCUGCUGUAGCCCCGUCGUCUGCACUGCAAUUCUCGCAGCAGCCCCCGGUGGUGGAGCCGCAGACACAGCUCCAAAUCCCCAUGAAGACUCAGCAGCCCCCUGGCCCUGUCCCCGUGCCCCCACCCAGCCAAUUCCCCCCUCCGCUGCAACAGGCCGCCCAGCCCGCACUCCACGUUCCCAUGCCUGGGAAGGCCCACAUGCAGGUGUCUCAACUUCCAUCCCAGCCACAGACUGUGGCACUGACAAGGCCCCCCCUGGAUGCUGCCCAGCCCUGCCAGAGGCCUCUGCCCACCUCCUCUUCUACCUCGUCCCUCACCCCCGUGGGCGGCUCGGGCCCGGGACCCUCGCCUGCGCGAGCCUCGCCAGUGAAUAGACCCUCCUCAGCAACUAACAAGUCACUGUCUCCCGUCACAUCCCGGUCCCCGGGGGCAGCUGCCUCGGCCCCCCUCAAGGCUCAGAGCCCAGCUCAGAAUGCUACCGCAUCCCAGGACAGUUCUCAGGAUAAGCUGGCGGAACAAAUCACACUGGAGAACCAGGUCCAGCAGCGCAUUGCAGAGCUGAGGAAGGAGGGCCUGUGGUCACCACGGCGGCUGCCCAAGGUGCAAGAGGCCCCACGGCCGCGGGCGCACUGGGACUCCCUCCUAGAGGAGAUGCAGUGGAUGGCCACCGACUUCGCCCAGGAGCGCAGGUGGAAGGUGGCCGCGGCCAAGAAGCUGGUCAGAACCGUAGCACGCCAUCAUGAAGACAAGAAGCUUCGUGAGGAGAGAGGGAGGAAGGAAGAGCAGGACCGGCUGAGGCGCAUUGCGGCCUCCACUGCCAGGGAGAUAGAGUAUUUUUGGUCUAACAUUGAGCAGGUUGUGGAAAUAAAACUACAAGUAGAAUUAGAAGAAAAAAGGAAAAAAGCUUUAAAUUUACAGAGAGUUUCCAGGCGAGGAAAAGAGCCCAGGCACCUGGGACUUGAUGCUUUCCCAGAACACUUCCUGGAUUCAGGAAUAUCUAGAAGGAAAAGGAAAGCCAGCACAUCUUUAACUGAUGAGGAAGUGGAAGAUGAAGACGAGACGAUUGAAGAGGAAGAAGCAAACGAAGGGAUGGUAGACCACCAAACAGAGCUGACUAAUUUAGCCAGAGAAGCUGAGUUGCCCUUACUUGAUUUGAUGAAGUUGUAUGAAGGUGCCUUCUUGCCAAAUUUUCAGUGGCCCCAACCCAAACCCGACAGUGAAGAGACAAGCGAAGAAGAAGAUGUGGAAGACAGCCCGAGAGACCGGGAGAGCCGGAAGGAUCUGGUCCUCAUAGAUUCCCUGUUCAUCAUGGACCAGUUUAAGGCUGCAGAGAGGAUGAGCAUCGGAAAGCCAAACACAAAAGACAUCGCGGAAGUGACCGCCGUGGCCGAGGCCAUCCUACCUAAGGGCAGUGCUCGGAUCACCACCUCGGUGAAGUAUAACACCCCAUCUCUGUUGUAUGGGGUGCUCCGAGACUACCAGAAGAUUGGGUUGGACUGGCUGGCCAAGCUCUACAGGAAGAGGCUCAACGGCAUCCUGGCUGAUGAGGCAGGGCUCGGCAAGACCGUGCAGGUGAUCGCCUUCUUUGCUCACCUCGCCUGUAACGAAGGUAAUUGGGGCCCCCAUCUCGUUGUUGUAAGAAGUUGUAAUAUACUCAAGUGGGAGCUUGAGCUGAAGCGUUGGUGCCCUGGGCUAAAGACCCUCCUGUAUGUCGGGAGCCACAGGGAACUCAGAGCCAAGAGACAGGAGUGGACAGAGCCCCACAGCUUCAAUAUCUGCAUCACAUCCUACAAGCGGUUCUUCAGGGGCUACCACUCCUUUGCCAAGGUGCGGUGGAGGUGCCUGGUCAUCGACGAGAUGCAGCAGGUGAAGAACAUGACCGACAGGCACUGGGGAGCCGUCUUCAACCUGCACAGUCAGCAGCGCUUGCUUCUGAUAGACGCACCUUUGCACAACACCUUCCUGGAGCUGUGGACCAUGGUGCACUUCCUCAUUCCGGGGGUCUCCAGACCGUACCGGAACUUCCCUCUGAAAGCCCCCAACGAUGAGAACCAGGACUACUACCACAAGGUGGUCAUCCGCUUACAUCGGGUGACCCAGCCGUUCAUUUUGAGGAGAACUAAGAGAGAUGUGGAAAAGCAGCUGACCAAGAAGUAUGAGCACGUGUUGAAGUGCCGCCUCUCCAGCCGACAGAAGGCCCUGUACGAGGACGUCAUCCUGCAGCCUAGCACUCAGGAGGCCCUGAAGAGCGGGCACUUUGUCAGCGUCCUCAACGUCCUUGUGAAGCUCCAGCGGAUCUGCAAUCACCCGGGGCUCAUUGAGCCCCGGCGGCCCGACUCCUCGUACGUCGCGGGUUCUCUGCAGCACUGGUCCGCCUCUCUGGCUCUGAAGGCACUGGAGAGAGACCUUUGGAAGGAAGCAGACCUCUCUGUGUUUGAUCUUAUCGGGUUAGAGAAUCACCUCACUCGCCAUGAGGCAGAAUUGCUGUCAAAGAAAAAGGUGACACGGAAGCUUCUUGAAGAGAUCUUCACCUCGCCCCCACCAUCAGCCAGACCCGUUGCAGUAAAGCUGAAACCGAGCAGGUUGUUUCAGCCUGUGCAGUAUGGCCAGAAGCCCGAGGGCCGCACUGUGGCCUUCCCCAGCACCCAUCCGCCCCGGACGGCGACACCUGCCGUGGCCCCUGCCGCACCUCAGGGCCAAGUCCGAGGACGGCCACCCAUUGCCACCUUCUCUGCGAAUCCGGAUGCAAAAGCGGCGGCCGCACAGUGUCAGCCACCUCAGGCCUCCUCCAGUGCUCCGAGACACCAGCCCGCCACGACCUUCACCUCCGCAGCUAGCGCAGCCCAUCCUGCCAGCCUGCGGGGCCCGGCCUCGGCCCCGGCCCCUGGCCCGUCCCCGUCCCCGGCCCCCGCGCACACCGCCCCGCAGAGUGCUCUGCCCCCGAGGCUGGUGCUGACCGCCCAGGCCCAGGCUCGGUUGCCGAGCGGAGAGGUGGUGAAAAUCGCUCAGCUGGCGUCCAUAGCAGGGACGCAGAACCGAGUCACGCAGCCCGAGACACCCGUGACGCUGCAGUUCCAGGGCAAUAAGUUCACCUUGUCACACAGCCAGCUCCGGCAACUCACGGCGGGCCAGCCCCUGCAGCUGCAAGGCAGCGUGCUCCAGAUUGUGUCGGCCCCUGGGCAACCGUACCUGCGCCCUCCGGGCCCCGUGGUGAUGCAGACCGUGUCGCAGGCAGGGGCUGUGCACGGCACCCUCAACGCCCUGGGAGGAAAGCCCCCGGCCAGCGCCCCAGCUCCCGCGCCCUUGGCCCCACAAGUCAGUGUUCCAGGCCGAGUGGCAGUUAGCCCCAUGGCUGCAGGAGAAGCUGGGAUGGCCCCCAAACCGGCCUCACCUCUUGGUGCUCCAACCCAGGAGGAAAGGGCCAGACUCCUGAAGGAGAGGUUGGAUCAGCUCUUCCUUGUCAAUGCAAGGCGCUGCUCCCGAGCACCCAUCUACGGCCGAGACCUGCUGGGGCUCUGCUCCUUGGCCAUGCAGGGUAGGGCGCCUCGGCCCAGGUCUUGUGCCAACGACCACAGGAAGGGGGCAGGGCCCUCAAGUAGCAAGAGUGACCUGAUUUUGACGCUGAGCCAACGUAAAGAAUCCCUGCAGGAUGUUAUUGAUAGGGUGGCGUGUGUGAUUCCGUCUGUGGUUGCAGCACCCCCGUCCUUGCGGGUGGCGAGGCUGCCGUCCUUGUACAGCCACAGGAUGAAGGUUUUUAGGCACUGUCUCCAAGAGCACAUGGCACCGUACUUCCAGCAGCUGCAGCAAGCCACAGCGCUGCACCUGUUGCAGUUCCCUGAGCUCAGGCUGGUGCAGUUUGACUCAGGAAAGCUAGAAGCUCUGGCCAUCUUACUUCAGAAGCUGAAGUCGGAAGGACGCCGUGUGCUGAUCUUAUCACAGAUGGUGCUCAUGUUAGACAUUUUGGAGAAGUUCCUGAAUUUCCACUACCUCACCUACAUACGAAUCGACGAGAACGCCAGCAGCGAGCAGCGGCAGGAGCUGAUGAGGAGUUUCAACAGAGACAAGCGGAUCUUUUGUGCCAUCCUCUCGACUCAUAGCCGUCCCACAGGCGUGAAUCUGGUGGAGGCGGACACGGUGGUGUUCUAUGACAAUGACCUGAACCCGGUGAUGGACGCCAAGGCCCAGGAGUGGUGCGACAGGAUUGGGCGCUGCAAGGACAUCCACGUGUACAGGCUGGUGAGCGGCAAUUCCAUUGAAGAGAAGUUGCUGAAGAAUGGCACUAAGGACUUGAUCCGAGAGGUGGCUGCUCAGGGAAAUGACUACUCCAUGGCCUUCCUGACCCAGCGCACAAUCCAGGAGCUGUUUGAGGUGUACUCUCCCAUGGAGGACACGGGCUUCCCGGUGAAGGCAGAGGAGUUUGUGGUCCUCUCUCAGGAACCUUCUGCCACAGAGACCAUUGCACCCAAGAUUGCGAGGCCAUUCAUAGAGGCCCUCAGAAGUAUAGAGAAUCUGGAGGAGGGUGUACAGAAGUCCCCUGAGGAGGCAGCAUCACAAAUAGGGACUGACGUGUCAGCACCAGACGGAGACCACCUGAGACUCCAGGAGGAGCCGUCUCAGCUAGAGGAAUUAGCUGACUUCAUGGAGCAGCUUACACCCAUUGAAAAAUAUGCUUUGAAUUACCUGGAAUUGUUCCACACUUCCAUUGAGCAAGACAAAGAGAGAACCAGCGAGGAUGCGGCCAUGGCUUCAAUGAAGGAGUGGGAGGCCCAGAAUGCGAAGACCCUGCAGGAGAGGGAGGCCCGGGCGCGUGAGGAAGACCCAGAGGAGGAGCUGCUCACGUACACGAGAGACGACGCAUACAACAUGGAGUACAUCUACGAAGAUGCAGAUGGACAGACAGAAAUUAUGCCACUAUGGACGCCACCCACUCCACCGCAGGAUGACAAUGACGUUUACAUCGACUCAGUUAUGUGCCUCAUGUAUGAGCCCACUCCCAUCCCCGAAUCCAAGCUGCCCCCCGUGUACGUGAGGAAGGAGCGGAAGCGACACAAAACCGACCCCUCAGCUGCAGGCAGGAAGAAGAAGCAGCGGCACGGGGAGGCGGUCGUGCCACCCCGCUCCCUCUUUGACCGUGCCGCACCGGGCCUGCUGAAGAUGCGCCGAGAGGGCAAGGAACAGAAGAAGAAUAUCCUGCUGAAGCAGCAAACACAGUUUGCCAAGCCCCUGCCGACUUUUGCCAAACCAGCUGCUGAGUCAGGCCAGGACAGCCCCGAGUGGCUCAUCAGUGAGGACUGGGCGCUCCUGCAGGCCGUGAAGCAGUUGCUGGAGCUCCCGCUGAACCUCACGAUCGUGUCACCUGCUCACACCCCUAAUUGGGACCUCGUCAGUGACGUCGUGAACUCCUGCAGCCGCAUUUACCGCUCCUCCAAACAGUGCCGGAACCGCUACGAAAAUGUCAUCAUCCCCAGAGAGGAGGGGAAGAGUAAAAACAACCGACCUCUCCGCACAAGCCAGAUCUAUGCCCAGGACGAGAAUGCCACCCACACGCAGCUGUACACCAAUCACUUUGACCUGAUGAAGAUGACAGCGGGCAAGAGGAGCCCCCCAAUCAAGCCGCUGCUUGGCAUGAAUCCCUUUCAGAAAAACCCCAAGCACGCAUCCGUGCUGGCAGAGAGCGGGAUCAACUAUGACAAACCUUUGCCCCCGAUUCAGGUGGCAUCUCUUCGUGCAGAGCGGAUUGCCAAAGAGAAGAAGGCUCUCGCAGAUCAGCAGAAGGCCCAGCAGCCAGCUGUGGCUCAACCUCCCCAGCAGCCGCCACCACCGCCACAGCCACAGCAGCCGCCGCCGCCGCCACUGCCCCAGCCCCAGCCGGUCGCCAGCCAGCAGCCCCCCGGGCAGCCAGCAGUCCCAGCCCAGGCACAGCCUCCACCACAGCCACAGCCUGUGCAGCCACAGCCGAAGGUGCAGCCAGCAAUAACCACGGGGGGCAGUGCUGCUGUGCUGGCAGGAACCAUCAAAACGUCAGUCACUGGGACAAGCAUACCCACUGGCACCGUGAGUGGGAAUGUGAUCGUGAACACCAUUGCGGGUGUCCCUGCUGCCACCUUCCAGUCCAUCAACAAGCGCCUUGCCUCCCCCGUAGCACCCGGAGCUUUACCUACUUCCGGAGGCUCGACACCCACCCCUGCGGUCCACACCCAGCCCCGAGCGGUGGGCUCUCCUGCCACGGCCACCACUGACCUGGUGUCCAUGGCAACAACUCAGGGAGUGCGGGCGGUCACUUCCGUCACUGCCCCGGCGGUGGUCACCACCAACCUGACGCCUGUGCAGGCCCCGGCCCGGUCUCUGGUGACCCAGGUGUCUCAAGCCACGGGAGUGCAGAUCCCAGGAAAGACCAUCACCCCCGCACACUUCCAGCUUCUCCGGCAGCAGCAGCAGCAGCAACAGCAGCAGCAGCAGCCGCCGCCGCCGCCCUCUCAGGUGCAAGUCCCGCAGCUCCAGGGCCAGGCCCAGUCGCCCGCGCAGAUCAAAGCCGUCGGGAAGCUGACGCCGGAACACCUGAUCAAGAUGCAGAAGCAGAAGCUACAGCUGCCCCAGCAGGCACCUCCGCAGGCCCAGCCAGGGCCCCCGGCGCCCGCACCCCAGGUGCAGGCACAGCCCGCACAGCCCGCGCAGCAGCAGAGCUCCCAGAUCACCACGGUCACGGCCCCGCGGCCCGGGGCACUGCUCACGGGCACCACUGUGGCCAACCUCCAGGUGGCCCGACUUACCCGGGUGCCCACCUCUCAGCUGCAAGCCCAGGGGCAGAUGCAAGCCCAGACACCCCCGACGGCACAGGUGGCCCUGGCCAAGCCCCCAGUGGUGUCGGUGCCGGCGGCCGUGGUCUCCUCGCCAGGGGUCACAACACUGCCCAUGAACGUAGCCGGGAUCAGCGUGGCAAUUGGGCAGCCACAGAAAGCAGCAGGGCAGACCGUGGUGGCGCAGCCCGUCCAUGUGCAGCAGCUGCUAAAGCUCAAGCAGCAGGCCGUGCAGCAGCAGAAGGCCAUCCAGCCGCAGGGUGUGCAGGGUCCGGCCGCUGUCCAGCAGAAGAUAACUGCACAGCAGAUGGCUGCACAAGGCCAGCAGCAGAAGGUGACCUAUGCCACCCAGCCAGCACUGAAGACCCAGUUUCUCACGACGCCCAUCUCCCAGGCCCCAAAGCUGGCAGGGACUCAGCAGGUGCAGACACAGAUACAAGUUGCAAAACUUCCCCAAGUUGUCCAGCAGCAAACAACUGUGGCCAGCAUCCAGCAGGUCACCCCCGCGUCCCAGCAGGCCUCUCCACAGACAGUGACGCUCACGCAGGCAGCUGCAGCCGGCCAGCAGGUCCAGAUGAUCCCCGCAGUGACGGCCACGGCCCAGGUGGUACAGCAGAAGCUCACGCAGCAGCAAGUGGUGACCACGGCUUCCACCCAGCUUCAGAGCCCUGGGGUCCCGCACCCAGCACAGGGGCCGGCAAGCUCCGACAGCCCGAGUCAGCAGCCCAAACUGCAGAUGCGAGUGCCUGCUGUCAGGCUGAAGACCCCCACCAAGCCCCCGUGCCAGUAAGCGGGCGGACACGGCCUCCAGGCUCCAGCUGCAGCUGAGAGCAGACUGCCCUGGACGCCUCACCAUCCAGAGCACAAGUCUGCCGCCUCACGGAAACCGUCCAGCUGGUCUGAAUCCGGGACAGUGUCAUGUAAGGUACCCGGCACUGGGAUGGCUGUAACUGAGACAGGACCAUGUGGUCAUCUUGUUAAAACACGUCCUGCACUCAAGAACAUGACCGUUGAGUGCCGCCUUGCUGUAUUAUGUGACUGAUUGAAAAAGUGACAGUGGCGAUUUUUAAAAAGCAUUUAAAUGUUUCAUUUUUCCACCAUUCAGAAUGUCUGUUCAUGUACAGUGUUUGCACAUGACCGUGGCAGUGUGGGACGUGCAUCGAGUCUUAAGCUACACCACGGUCUCGGUGUCCGCAUGCUGUGUCCUUACGUGCCCAAAGGACACAUCGUGGUCCUGAGAGGAUUUCAUUCCAAAGAAAGCCACUGGGGUUUUCCUCUUCCCCUAGAAUAGGACUUGUGUUCACUAUUGCCAGGAAUGUUUGGGACUGAUGCCCAUCUGAGCACAUUCAUGACAUGCCCCCACCUGGGUUCAAGGUCAGUGGCCUGUGUUUGAACUUCCAUUCCAAAGAGUGCCAGUGUACCCCUGCCCCCCUACCCCUUCCAGUGGUGUGUGGCCACUUGAAGGGCCUCUGUGAUGGAACCUGGUAAGCACGGUCAUGCUGCAGCUCCAGCAUGGACUGCUGACAUGGCUCCAGGCCUUCGUGACACUCGCGUACCACACAGUAUUUACGCUGCUGUGUUACUUUGCCACCUGGGCAGUGGACAUGGGGGGCAUCAGGCAGAGACAGGUUUGUCACAGGCUCCUCUUGCUUGCAUAGCCCCUAGGUCUCAUCUGGAGAGAAGGGUCUUUUACAAGGCGGCUUAUUUACGAAUUUGGUUACACAGAAAUGGGCUCAGUAUGCUUUCAUAGAUUUGUAGCACAACUGUGAACACACUUGCAAAUGACAACACUGGUAUUUCAAGGCAAGGGGCCUGGCUCGCCCUCACAUUUGAUUGACCAGGGUCUCCUACCUGAACAAGUCUACUCACUUUUGGGUGUGCCAGUAAAGGAGAGAGCCCUAGUGACAGUCCUGGGAAGGUGUGCCAUGGAAGGGAAAAGGAAGCUUGCUGUGUGCUGGUUUUUUUUUUUUUUAAACAAGAUAACAAAUGCAAGUAAGUGGUUUUGAUAGUAGGCGAUGUCUUCUCACCUGAAAGUUUUUCACCAAAACCCAAAGUGAACUAUAUAUGACGGCUCUCGCCGUGGCAGGUUGUUGAUGGUUGCAAGUUGUUUGGGCCAGGAAAUCAGCCUAAGUUUUUGUGUGCUAAGACUCAGUUCUGGCAUAUGUAAAGGCUGAUGAUUUCUGUGGACAGAAGUGUGCUCUCCCCGUUCUGUCAUUCCUGGUGACAUCAAGGCAGCUGUCUGUCCUCCAGCUUCUUACCCUGUCAGUCGGCACAUGUCUGCAGACGGCAGUACAGCAACAUCCAGUGAGCUCUUGAUGAGAGAUGUGGAAAAAAGUAAAAAUCAAGCUUUGAAAAAAAGGAAACAUAAAACAGUUUAGUUAAAUGACAAUAUCAAAACAGCAGCACAGCCUCUUUCUCACAGUAAAGCCUGUCUGUCCUGGCCUGGCGUGGUGGGGCUGCGGGGUCUCUGUGCCUGUGGUGGCCCUGCGUGGUGGGGCCGCGGGCUCUCUCUGCCUGUGGUGUCUAUCCUGGCCCGGCAUGAUGGGGCCACGGGCUCUCUAUGCCUGUGGUGGCCCUGCUUGGUGGGGCCGUGGGCUCUCUGUACCUGUGGUGUCUGUCCUGGCCUGGCGUGGUGGGGCCACGGGCUGUCUGUGCUGGUGGUGUCUGUCCUGGCCCGGCGUGGUGGGGCCGCAGGCUCUCUGUGCCUGUGGUGGCCUGGUGUGGUGGGGCCAAGGGCUCUUUGUGCCUGUGGUCAGGGGCCCAGAUCUGCUGGCUUCGCCCUCCCACAUGCAGAGCCAGGUGCACAGCCACCCUCACCUCAGCUUGCCUUCGCUCGCACCCCCGUCUAUUCUUUGUCCUGCAUGUAGGUUGGUGGUCUUCUCUAAACGAUAAGACCAUUUUGAGUGUGCUGAUUUUAGAAUGUACUAGACAUAUCUGCCUAAAUAAAGGUCCUCUGUUGAUCUAGGACGCUAGAAGAGAAUUUAGAAGCAUCUCUAGAAAGCUUUCUAAACAGAGCUGGGAUUCCGAAUUUUCGCAGUGUGGAAUUCCUGUCCCUUAUCGGUGUGAGCAAGACUGUUGUGUCCGAAGUGUGUUUUCUUCAGCAAUUCCCCCAUGCACAAUAUGGAACAGAAAAUAUUUGUACUUAAUGUCACUUGAUUUAGUAACAUUUAGAUGUUACCACUGACCUGAGUAGUAUUUGAUAUAGUAAAAAAUUCCUUCCAGUAUAUAGUUUCCUUGGCUUUAUGUUUUGAAGGUUACCCUUUCCAAGUUUAAGAAUUAAGGAUGAGUUUAGGAAGCUCUUGUCUAGGCCCUCUUGGAUCAUUAUUGUUAGCAAAAUUCUGUAUUACUUGCUAAUCAAGAUUCAUACCAAUACGUUAAUGAUUCAGAGAAAGAGCACAUAAAACCAACACAGCAGCGAAACCACUGUCAGCCUCUGCUUCAGUUGGCCUCCGUGGAAACAGUUAACCCACUGAUUGUUCAAUGAAAAGAGAGACAUUUCUUUUAAUUAUGGCCAGUCUGUUAGAAAAUGCUCUGUGGGAAGCAGAUGGCUGUAUCCACUAUGCCUUCAGGUUUGCGGUCUGGUAGGCAGAGGUUUUCCUUUCUGCAGUCUUUUUGUCGUCGUUAACUCCUGUAUCCAGAUAGCUGUUGUUUUAAAAUAUAAAUGAACAAGACUGAAAUUGUAAAUACUUUGUAAACAUCAGCAUUUGUACUUGAGUAGUAGGAUUUUAAAGGGCACUGGCGUCCUACCACAAAGGUAUAAUAAAAUGACCUUUUAUAUA